CGAUCGCCGCCGGUGUACCGGCUGGCGAAUUAAAAUGUAUUCACCUUUAGAAUCGCCAUAAUCGCCCCAAAUCAUUUUAAAUACAGAUUUAAAUAUAAGAUUAUCUAAGAAGUUACUAGUUUCAUGUCAAUUGUUGUUUAGUGAGUAUGUUUAUUGUGGUUCCAGUUGUUUUAAGGAUAUUCUCUUAGCAGAUAAUUAAUGUACAAUGCCGGACUGGACAUGGCUGCUGCUGGCGGCGCUGUUCGGAGCGCUGUCGGCGCUGGCCGUACCCAUUGCGCUUCUCAUCUACUUCGUCAGACCCUUCGAGAAGAAACCGACCAUAGAGGAGCAAUGCUCUAUGCCAGUCACCUUGCCACCGGAGAUCCUGAACGAGCUGACCCGCGGCGCCGGCAGCACCCCCGAGGGCGUGCUGAACGCUAUGCUGCAGUUCAUCUUUCAGCAGAGCACAGCCGACACGCGCUGGCUGCGCCGCCGCAUGGCCAGCGAGCUUGCCGAGCUGCUCGCCAAGACCUCCUCCGGCAAGAUAUUUGAGUCUCUCACGCUCCGGUCAUUAGAAGUGGGCACGGAGUUCCCGAGUAUAGCGAACAUGCAGUUGAUUAGCGGUGAGCUGGAGGAGGAUGGGGCACGGUUGCGCUCGCUCGAUAUCCGCUUCGACCUCGCCUACGACGGCAACUUCAGGAUCGACGUUGACGCCGUAAUGCUGCUUGGCAAGAUUGCCAAUAUAUCUAUCACAGUGGAGAGCAUAAGUGGCAGCGUGCGGCUUAUGUUCCGACGAAAUCCGUACACGCACUGGGCGCUUGCGUUCGAAUCACAGCCCAAGCUGGAGCUGCGCGUGCGGGGCCGCUUCCAGGGUCGCCAGCUCAAGCCCCGACUGGCCUCCCUUGUCGCUGCGCACAUCAGACGAGCGGUAGCUCAACGACAUACGCUGCCUAAUUAUAAAAUACGGUAUAAACCGUUCUUUCCGAAGUCUGAGCCGGGCAGCGGGGACGGAGAGGAGGGCCCGACCCCACAAGGGCGGCUCACGGUACGACUGGUAGAGGUGACGCGCCUACAGUGGCCCGGCGGCACAGGGCUCGUCAGGGCUGCGCUCGCUGUCGACUCACAUGGAUGGGUGUCAUUAAGGCGAGGCGUGUUGGUGCUAGACAUAGUGGUGCCUGCGGUAACAGGCCCGCUGGGUCUGGUGUGCUGCCAGGGCGUGGGCGCAGUGCUCGUAGAUACGGUAGUGCCGAUGUCGCCCGCCUACCGUGCCGACCUACGUCGCGACGACGUCGUACUCGCCAUUGACAACAAGCCCGUCAACAAUGUCGCGCAGGUGGGUAAACUUCUACGCAGCGUGGAACGUCGGGCGGUGACAGUCCGGGUGCGACGAGGGGGCGCGGGAGGUGCAGGAACGACCGGCGCCCGACGGGAGGAUGAGCCGCGUAGGCUCCGCACAAACUUCUCCUUCCGGCGGGUCUCAGAGGUGAUGGAGGGAGUUCGACUGCAGAGCAUGCGUGCGGCUACCUCCAGAAAUAAUUUGCUGGAAACUGAUUCACCGGCCAAAGUAUCAGAUGCAUCAAAUGAAAUAGACCAAAAACAAAAAUCGGAGUCAGCGAAGCAGACUUCAAAGUCAACGGAGCAGACCGGUCCGGGGAACUUCGGGCUUAGGAAAAGAAGAUGCUCCGUAGAGAAUAAAUCAUCAGAUAGUUCCGCUGGCAGCACGCCGCCCGCCUCCGGAGCCAGCACACCACUUAGACAAGCGACAGUCAUCAACAAAAUCGUCAAACAUCCUGACAUACCGAUCAUAAAAACUGACUCCUCCGAAUGCAAGCCUGAUAAAACCGAAACCCUGGAAGAAGAGGAACAAAUAUUCGAAACCGGCGGACCGCGACAGAGCGAGCACGUCGAAAUCUGCCAAAUGUUUUGGACGAAAAGCAUCCAGCUCAAACCGAUCAUACCUUUCGAUGAAGAGACUGAUUUUAAACUGAAUGAAAAUCAUAAAUAUCUCAACAUUAACGUAUGGGCGACUGUACCGGGCGAAAAGGAUGAGUUGUUGUUGGGCUAUUUGAAUAUACCUCUAGCAGCUUUACUAUCGGAAUGUCAAGACUCAACAGUACCCCAUCACAUGAAGAGAUAUCAGUUCCUACCGCCAGAUGUCGAUAUUAAAUUCAGUAAGAGCCACAAGCUAUCCUCGCACGCUGGCUUCGAGCCGUGCCUCUGCUUCGGCGACGCGCUGGUGUGGUGGGAAUGGGAGGGGGCGGGCGGUGCGCGCAGCUCUCCUCGUCCCGCGCCCCGCGGCACCGCCCCGCGCCCGCAACAUGCACCCGCUCGCGCCGCGCACGACUUUGUCCGCACGCACUUUCAUAGAUCGACACAAUGCGACUUUUGUAAUAAGAAGAUAUGGCUUAAAGAUGCAAUGCAAUGUAGGAAUUGUGGUCUGUGUUGCCAUAAAAAAUGCGUCACCAAGUGUCAAGAAUCAUCGCCUUGUAUACCAAAACAAGAGCGCGAUCCCUCAACCAGUAGCUGCUCACCCCCGGAGCUGAUCAUGACAGAACCUGACGCCAUGCCGGAUCCCGAUACUGACGAGGAAGAAAAGCCUGAUAGAAAAGACUCUCUAGAUGUUCAUGAGGAAGGUGGUGGUGCGAUGAGCGCGCUGGUGGCAGGCCUAAGACGCGCCGGGUCAGCACACUCGCUCUCCGCGCCAAGAACCAACGCCUCCUCGCGCUCCUUGCCGCCCUCACCCAGUCACACACCCAGGAGGCAGUCGCUGGAGGGGGGCCCGUUCGGAGCGUGCGCGGCGGCGUGGGCAGCGCGGGAGGCGGGCGCAGCGGGCGCGGCUGCGGCGGUACGCGCGAUGCUGCGCCCGGCGCUGCGCAGCGCGCUGCCGCCCGACGCGCUGCUGGCGGCCGCCAGGGACUGCGCGCCUGACCUUGCCGAUAAACUCACCGCCACACAGAUACAUGAAUUGCUGCAGGCGGUGCGUGAGGAGUUAUCGGCUGAGGACGCGGGUGAGGAUAGCGGCGAGGGGCGGGCCUGCGCGCUCACGGCGCUGAUGCUGCACUGCUGCGCGGCAGCACAGCUGGCGCAGCGUGCAGAUGCCACGGACCCUCCCACCUGAUACUACUUA